AUGGAAGAAGAUGUAGUGCAAGAUGUGACUAAGCUUUCUACUGUUGAAUUUAAUGUUGUUGAUGCUGAUACUUUCAUAUGGAAUCCAAGAAUAUCAGGUCAGUUCUCAAUGAAAGAAACUUACAGGUGCUUAUCUUCCCAUAACAUUAAACCUCCCUGGAACUGUCUUGUUUGGUUUAAAAACCAUAUUCCUCGACAUUCCUUUAUUUCUUGGCUUGGUAUGCAAAAAAGACUGAAAACUAGAAAUAAACUCUUAAAGUGGGGUGUGAUUCAAGAUGAUAGUUGUAUCUUAUGUCAUAGUAGUCCUGAGACUGAGGACCACCUUUUCCAUGCUUGUCCUUUUGCUGCCAUUAUUUGGAAGGGUUUGCUACUUAAAAUGGGUUAUGUCAAGGAGAUGGAGAAUAGCUGGGAUGAGGAGAUUGCUUGGUGCAUUGGUGCUUUCAAGGGGACCAGCUGUAGUUCUACUGUUAAAAAGCUUGGGCUUAAUGGUUCUAUGUACCAUUCGUGGAGGGAAGGAAACAACAGGGUCUUUAGAACACAGUUUGCUUCAACUGAUGUUGUCAGUUUUCUUAUAGUGCAAGAAGUUAGGUUUAAAAUGUCAGCUUCUAGUCACCAGGAUAUGGAGAGUACUCAUGCUAGAAACUUUAUGCAGAGAUGGAGCAUUGACUGUUCUUUUAUUGUUCCAGACUUUAUCAAAUGUACUUGGCAGGGCCCUUGUGAGCCAGAUAUAAUGAUAAAUUCAGAUGGGUCUCUCAGAGAGGAAUCUGGAGGAUUUGGUGCUAUUCUUAGAAAGCCAGGUGGUGCAGUGAUUGUUGCUGCUAGUGGUGGUGGACCUCCCAUGUUUGUGGUUGCUCAUGAGAUGCAAGGGUUGGAAUUAGGACUUAAAAUGGCAAAAAAGGAAGGAGCAGCUAGUGUUCAUAUCUCUAUUGAUUCUAUGGUGGUCUAUAAUCUGCUAACAAACUCUGAUAUGGUUCCUCCUUGUCCAGUGUUACAAAUUUGGAGAAGAAUCAAGACUUUGAAGACUUGUUUUCAUGGUUGGAAGGUCUCUCAUUGCUACAAAGAAUCAAACAGAGUUGCUGAUUACCUAGCUGGUUUACAUUUUACUGGUGAGUGGGUAGAGAUAAAAGAAGAGAAUUUCUCUCCUGAGAUCAAGGAUAUUUUGGCAAAUGAUGCUUCCCAGAAAGAGAUUCUGAGGAUGAAAAAAGUUAGGAGUAGAUAG